AUGGCCGGGGUGGUUCUAUUCACCCUCUAUUUAUAUACACUGACACAGUAUGCUCUCGCGGCGGAGACAAACUGCAGUCGCAUAUUCCAUUCUGCCGUCAUCAGCAAUGGAAAACUUUACAUCGAUGGCGGUGAAAUGCACACCAGGUGGCCGAACGAAACGAUCACUACGAAGCCAAUUGAUGACCUCGAGACCAUUGAUUUAACAAAAUCCUGGGUCAACUCGGACACCGAUUUGUACACUUACAUCCCAAAGCCCCUCGCUAACAAUACUGCGAUAUACCUGGAUGAGGGGGCCGCCUGGUCGGAUGGUGACAACCUCUUCUUCUACGGGGGCUAUGUCAGUGGAGUAAAUGGUCCUUCGGUCCCUCCUCUCGGAACAUGGAAAUAUAACAUCGCAUCCAACGAAUGGACUCAUAACGGAUUUUCGGGUGCUGCACUGGUACGACUUUGUCAGGGAGGUGCAGUCCAGUCUUCGAGCAAGGCCUACUACCUCGGUGGCUCCUUAAACCCCGGAGGCAACCCCAGCUUUGCCGGCACCGCGGGAGCGGAUGUAUACAUGGACCCGGGAUUGAUUACACUCGAUAUGGAUAAACAAGAAUGGACAAACGCAUCAACUGCCGAUAUGAAUGAAUGGGGAACCAUAGGCGACGGAUAUACGAGCCUGCUUGAAUCGGCUGGAGAGGAGGGCGCCAUAGUAGCCUUUGGCGGGUAUAAAUAUUCAGUUGGCCAGACGCUGUCAUAUUUGGCCUAUAGGCAAAAUGAGACAAUUCAUCGGGUAUGA